GGGGGCAUGUCGUCAAUAUAGUCGUGGCGUGAUGCCGCCGGGGCGCCGAUUGACAGCGGUCCGCAACCACUUGCUGCUGCCGUUGAGCUGUUCGCAGUUAGUCUUCGGAGCCUAGCCGCGCGCGCGCCCUUCCCCACGAAGUGCUCUCCUCCGACCCCUCUCCGGCCCGGCUGCUGCUCCGGCUCCCGUCACUAGCUCCUCUCAGCCGAUAGCGCGCCGAAGUUGUCCCAGCUGUGCACACAGAGGCCGUGAUCAUCUCUGGACACAUCACGAUGGCCGGCGUGGUGCGGGCCCUGCUGGCCGCGGUGGUGCUCGGCGCCGCCCUCACGAUGGCCGUCGACCCCAAGGCGGACUACUCCUCGGACGGCGGCCUGCUGCUGUCCGCCUACCUCUUCUCUCGCAGCUCGGACCUCAACGCCUGGCACCGAGGCUUCAACCCCCUGCUGGAUCUCGACCCAGUGGAGCUCUCUCGGCACUGGGGCUACGACGCGGAGCUUCACCACGUGACCACCGAGGACGGUUACAUCCUGGGCAUCCACCGCAUCACGGGGCCGUCGUCGUCGACGCCCUCCUGGUCGGUGGAGCGGGCGGACGACGGGCUGGGCAACGGCCUGGACGGUGUGGACGGCAGCGAGGUCGGCGACAAGCGGCGAAGCAUCCGACAGCAGCAGAAGCCCGUCGUGAUUCUGGCGCACCCUCUCCUGUCGUCCUCCUCGGACUGGAUCAUCCUUGGCCCCGGGAAGGCCCUCGCCUACCUCCUGGCCGAUGAGGGCUUCGACGUGUGGAUGAUGAACGUGCGAGGCAACACUUACUCGCUCAACCACACGACGCUCAGCACCAAGUCUGCCGCGUUCUGGGACUUUACGUAUCACGAGCACGCGACUCAGGACUUGCCGGCCCUCAUCCAGUACGUGGUCCGAGAGACGGGCGAGCAGCAGUUGCAGUACGUGGGCUUCUCGAUGGGGACCACCAUCAUGUUCAUCAUGGCCUCAGAGCGCCCCGACAUGGCCAGGCAUAUCCGCAUGUUCACCGGCCUCGGCCCAGUCACCAGCCUUGUGCACACCAAGUCCACGACCUUCCGCGUCCUGGCGCACACCACCCCCGUCCUCAUGCGGACCUCGGCCUUUUUCGGCAUCCACUCGUUCCUCCCCUCAACCGCGGCGUUGCGCACGGCCGGGGAGAUCUUCUGCUCCGACGGCAGCCUGACGCAGCCCCUGUGCGUGGGCCUCAUCGACGCCCUCAGCGGCCGCAACGACAAGCAGACCAACUCGACGCUGCUGCCCUACAUUAUAUCCCGGACGCCAAGUGGCACCUCGUUUAAAACCAUCAACCACUACGGACAGUCCUUGCGGCACGGCUUCCGGCGAUAUGACUACGGGACCACAGGGAACAUCCAGCGGUACGGUCAUGAGAUGGCCCCCAAAUACAACGUGAGCAACGUGCUCGUGCCGGCCAGGCUGCACUACGGGCCAAACGACCACCUGACAGACCCGCGGGACGUCAUCCCAACGUGCUCUGAGCUGCCAAACCUUUUGAGCUGCGACGCGGUGGCCGACCCCCUCUGGACGCACUUAGACUUCGUCUGGGCCAAGCAGGCGCCUGAGCUUGUCUACAGGAGGGUCAUCGCCGACAUAAAAGAAUCGAACCUCGCCGCAACAGUAGCGUGACCGCGGUCCUGAAGAACGAUGUGGAUUAGCGGCAUAAUAAAUUCUAUUUUCUGUGAUAAUGUCCCUCAUGCAAUUUUCUCUGUUUUGGUAUAUUUUAAUGUCAUUCCCCUUAGUUCUUUUAAGAGUUUCCACAUUGUCUCUCAUUUGACUUUAUGUUGUCUCAUUUGUAUCCUGCAAUUAGCAUUAAGUUUAAUUUUUGUCUUAUGUUGUAUUUCUGUCUCUUAGUAUGUAAACAUACUCAUUGUUCCAUUUGUAAGACGCUUGUUGUGAUUGACGAUCAGUCUUCGUUGUCUGUGAUGUAAUAUUCUUAUAUUGUGAUUUACUUUUUAUUGAACUUCGACGUAAUUAUUUUAUUCGUAGUGUAUGUGUGCAAUAUUGUUUAGAUGAAUUGCUGACCAGUUGGACUCGGUAAGGGUAGAUGGAAACAAUACCACAAGACUUAGUAGGAAAUAAAUAAAUUAAUAACUUAAAAAUCUUA